CGUAAGGAUGAAGCAGAUUGACGCAACCGCGGUGCUGCUGGGCCUGGCCUCUGCCCUGUCUGUGAGUUACAGCAUCAUAUCUGACUGCGAUGAGGUCUUCAACUACUGGGAGCCGACGCACUUCAUCGCCUUCCAUAAGGGCAUGCAGACAUGGGAAUACAGCCCGCAGUACGCACUGCGCUCCUAUGCAUACCUCCUGCCACUCGCCGGGCUCGCCAAGCUGCUGGCCCUCAUCGGCUUUGCCCGGCCUCUCAUCUGGUUCAUCUUACGGGGCGUGCUGGCCAUCUCUUGUGCCAUCAUUCAGGGCUCUCUUAUCAGCGCAUUGGGUUCGGCUGUCAGCCCAUUAGUCGCCCGCUAUGCUUUGCUGGCCUUCAUCUGCAGCCCCGGUCACGUGCUGGCGUCGUCGCCCUUGCUUCCCUCCUCGACCUUCAUGCAGCUGUCGAUGCUCGUGUGGACGCUGUGGCUACGCAACAGGUGUGCCUUGGCUGUGGGCGUGGCCGUGUUCGCCACAGUGGCCACCAACUGGCCGUUCGCCGCUUUGCUGUUCGUCCCCUUCAUGCUGGACGUCUUCCUUGCCAAAGGCAUCGUGUGGUCGGUGGUUUGGGGGCUGCUGUGGGGCGCUCAUGUCACUGCACCGGUCGUGCUUGUCGACUAUGUCUUUUAUGGACGGUGGCUGGCCAGUCCGCUCAACAUAGCCAUGUACAACACGGGCAUCGGGGCUGGCGAGAGUGCGGCUGGCCGGUCGGUGUUGUAUGGGGUGGAGUCAUGGCACUACUACGCCACCAACCUGCUGCUCAACUUCCACGUCUGGGUGCCCCUGGCUGCUCUGGGUGCGGUCGUCAUGGCUGUGAGGUGCUGCUCACGCCAGAAGAAAGAGAAAGGAAUGACAGGUGUUGCAGCACCAUCCGCCAGGCGCUUCACGUUUGUGGUGCUGUCGCCCCUGUUGAUCUGGCUGGCCGUCAUGUUCCGGCUGCCCCACAAAGAGGAGAGAUUUCUGUUCGUUAUCUACCCACUGAUCAGCAUCGCGGCUGCGUGUGGCUGCGAGGCCAUCCACAACGCUGAGGGCUUCUUCUGCGGCGGUGCGGCCAAAGUGCCGGGCAAGGCCGACCAGGACAUAGCCGCCAGCAGCAGCAAGCCAGUGGCCAUGUCGUUACUGCGGCUGGUGUUGCGAGGGCUGCGUGUGGGGAUGUGGUGUGGGCUGUUGCUGGGGGCGUCGCUGACUGUCAGCCGUGUGGCUGGUUUGUACGUUUACUACGGCCGGCCGGUGUUCCGUGUGUGGGAGAGGACCAUGGCUGCCGUGGAGAAAGAGGAGAGCAAGUCUGUCAGUGCGUGCACAGGUAGAUGAAAUGGGUUGGUCUGGGACGUGUUGAGUGAUCGCCCGAUGCCAUGUGUGUGCGUGUGUGUGUGUGUGAUUCAGGUGCGGAUUGGCAUCGGUAUCCCAGCAGUUUCUUCCUGCAUGAAAGGGCAGAGCUGCGGUUCGUCAGGGCGGGCUUCAAAGGUGGGUGAUAACUAACUAACAUGACGGACACAUACAUCAACAGACAGACCGAGGCGAGGGGGGCUGUGCUGUGCUGUGCCGUUGGUGUGUCAGGCUUGCUGCCUGGUGUGUUCAACUCCACAUCCAGUAUCCCACCAGGCAUGAACGACGACAAUCGAGAAGACCCUCACAAGUGUGUCAGACAGGCGGCCAGAGAGAGGCACUCACCCAUACAUACGCACACUGUCUCUGUCGGUUGUGCAUACACACAGGUACGUGUCGAUAAGUGAGUGCGACUACUUAGUCGACUCGACGGACCAGCCAUUGGCGGCCAACGCACCACGGCCACGCGAGAAGCUCAUGCAGUUGAAUGGCGAUGCGAUUGCCGCCGACCAGCUGGCCUUCGAGUCGGUGUCAUGCUAUCCCAUCCUGGAGGCGGCCAUGAGCCGUGCACCAUACAGGAGCUUCCUCAUCCCGCCGUGGAGCAUAGAGACGCAUGAGGGCCGCAACACGUUCGUGCAGAUGUGUGUGUGGAAAGUGGUGGCCGGGCGGACGACAGAUUGAAUUCAUUCGUUCAUGUCAUGUAUCGAUACAUGCAAUUGAUGUGACUGACAUUUAUGUGCCAUGCCAUCAUGAGGGCGUGGCGUUCAUGGACAGACAGUUCACAUUUGCUCGU